ACGAGGCGAGUGGCAGCGAGAAAGAAAAGUUGAACAGACUCCACCCAGAAACAAGUCAGCGAACCGAGAGACAGCCGACACCAUAAAAAUGAGUGGUUCCCACCCCCGACUCCACCAGAGCGCCGCGCCCGCUCCCAACGCUCUCUCCACGGAUAAGGACGUAGAGAUGCCCGCCACGGAGAAAGACCUGGCCGAGGACGCCCCGUGGAAGAAGAUCCAGCAAAACACAUUCACUCGCUGGUGUAACGAGCACCUGAAAUGCGUCAACAAGCGUAUUGGCAACUUGCAGACGGACCUCAGCGAUGGGCUGCGACUCAUCGGACUUCUGGAGGUCCUGUCCCAGAAGAAGAUGUUUCGAAAGUACAACCAGAGGCCCACCUUCCGUCAGAUGCAGCUGGAGAACGUGUCCGUGGCCUUGGAGUUCCUGGACAAGGAGAACAUCAAGUUGGUGUCCAUAGACUCCAAAGCCAUCGUUGAUGGGAAUCUGAAGCUCAUCCUCGGUCUGAUCUGGACCUUGAUCCUGCACUACUCCAUCUCCAUGCCCAUGUGGGAUGAGGAGGAAGAGGCAGAUGACGGCAAGCAAAAGACCCCCAAGCAGAGGUUGUUGGGAUGGAUUCAGAACAAACUACCCGAGCUUCCCAUCACCAAUUUCAACCGGGACUGGCAAACUGGUCGGGCUUUGGGAGCUCUGGUUGACAGCUGUGCUCCAGGUCUGUGUCCUGACUGGGACCAGUGGGAUCAGACCAAACCAGUGGACAAUGCUCGUGAGGCCAUGCAGCAAGCUGAUGAUUGGCUGGGUAUACCACAGGUUAUAACCCCUGAGGAAAUUGUGGACCCCAAUGUGGACGAGCAUUCAGUCAUGACCUACCUGUCCCAGUUCCCGAAGGCUAAACUGAAGCCUGGUGCACCACUACGACCCAAACUCAACCCCAAAAAGGCUCGCGCUUAUGGGCCAGGAAUCGAACCAGUUGGCAAUGUUGUGAUGAAAAAAGCUGUAUUCACCGUGGAGACAAUCAGUGCAGGAAUGGGAGAAGUGUUAGUUUACGUCGAGGACCCUGCAGGACACAGAGAGGAGGCCAAAGUGACAGCCAACAAUGACAAGAAUCGCACAUACUCAGUCUUCUAUGUCCCUAAAGUCACUGGCACACACAAGGUGACCGUGUUGUUUGCAGGACAGCACAUCUCCAAGAGCCCCUUCGAGGUGGAGAUCGGCAUGGCUCAGGGAGACUCCAGCAAAGCCACAGCCCAAGGACCCGGCUUGGAGCCCACGGGGAACAUUGCCAACAAGUCCACUUACUUUGACACCUACACGGCAGGUGCUGGUGUGGGUGAGGUGGAGGUUGUGAUCAUGGACCCUGCAGGGAAAAAGAACACGGUAACUUGCAACAUUGAGGACAAGGGCAACAGUAGCUACCGCUGCACCUACAAACCGACGCAGGAGGGCCAACACACCAUCUACGUCACCUUUGCUGGUGGUCAGAUCAGUAAAAGUCCCUUCACAGUCAACAUUGGGGAAGCAUGCAACCCCAGCCUCUGCAAAGCUAAGGGCCGUGGUCUGCAGCCAAAGGGCUUGAGGAUAAAGGAGACUGCAGACUUUAAAGUUUAUACCAAAGGCGCCGGCACUGGAGAACUCAAAGUCACCAUUAAGGGUCCCAAGGGGCUUGAGGAGCCAUGUAAAAGGAAAGAUUUGGGAGAUGGCAUUUAUGGAUUUGAGUAUUACCCCACCACUCCUGGAACAUAUUCUAUCACCAUCACCUGGGGUGGACAGCACAUCCCCCGCAGUCCCAUUGAAGUCAAGAUCGGCCCUGAGGCUGGCCAGCAGAAGGUGAGAGCUUGGGGUCCAGGCCUAGAGGGCGGUGUGAUUGGCAAGUCUGCUGACUUUGUAGUGGAAGCUGUCGGAGGCAACGUUGGCACACUGGGUUUUUCUGUGGAAGGUCCAUCACAAGCCAAGAUUGAAUGUGACGACAAGGGCGAUGGUUCUUGUGAUGUGCGCUACUGGCCCACAGAGCCCGGCGAGUAUGCGGUACAUGUGCUUUGCAACAACGAGGACAUUCAGCACUCCCCGUUCAUGGCUGAAAUCGUCAACCCACCUGGAAAAGACUUCUAUCCUGACAAGGUUAAAGCGUAUGGUCCAGGUCUUCAGAGCAGUGGUUUGGCUGUUGGUAAGCCGACUGAGUUCACAGUGGAUGCCAAGCAGGGUGGAAAAGCUCCUUUGAAGAUUGUGGCACAGGAUGGGGAAGGCACUCCUCUGGAUGUGCAUGUUAAAGAUAAUGGCAACGGCACUUACACUUGUACUUACACACCACGGAAACCUUUGAAACACACCGUCAUGGUCUCCUGGGGCGGCGUGAACAUCCCUGACAGCCCUUUUAGGAUGAACGUUGGGGCAGGCUGUCAUCCAAACAAGGUCAAGGUAUCAGGACCUGGGGUGGCUAAGACCGGUCUCAAGGCCUUUGAACCAACAUAUUUCACUGUUGACUGUGCCGAGGCUGGACAAGGUGACAUAAGCAUAGGAAUUAAGUGCGCCCCUGGCGUGGUGGGACCUGCAGAGGCCGACAUCGACUUUGACAUUAUUCGGAAUGAUAAUGAUACAUUCACUGUCAAAUAUACUCCUCCUGGAGCCGGGAGCUACACCAUCAUGGUUCUCUUUGCUGAUCAAGCUAUUCCAAUGACGCCAAUCAGGGUAAAGGUGGAUCCUGCUCAUGAUGCCAGUAAAGUCAAGGCAGAAGGACCAGGACUCAGCCGCAGUGGUGUUGAAUUACACAAGCCCACCCAUUUCACCGUGAACACUAAAGGAGCAGGAAAAGCAAACCUGGACUGCAACUUCAGCGGCCCCAUCAAAGCAGAGGCUGUGAAAGAUUUUGAAAUUAUCAACAACCAUGACAACACACACACUGUGAAAUACACUCCUGUGCAGCAGGGUCCUCUGGGGCUUGCUGUGACCUAUGGUGGUGAUCAUAUACCCAAGAGCCCCUUCAAUGUUGCUGUGGCACCUUCACUGGACCUCAGCAAGAUCAACGUCACCGGCCUGGGGGAUAAGAUGACUGUCGGCAAAGACCAAGAGGUGAAUGUAAAAUCAAAGGGCGCUGGAGGUCAGGGAAAAGUGGCGGCCAAGGUGACCGCACCCUCAGGAAAACCAGUGGCCAGCAAGGUGGAGCCCGGGCUAAGCCCAGAAACCAGUCAAGUGAAGUUUAUCCCACGAGAGGCAGGGCCAUACCAGGUUGAACUGACUUAUGAUGGCGUCCAGAUCCCUGGAUCACCUUUCACCCCCAUAGCUUACCCUUCCACCGACCCAUCCAAGGUACGCUGCUCUGGCCCAGGCUUGGAGCGUGCCAAGGUUGGGGAGACCGGGGAAUUCAUCGUGGACUGUACCAAUGCUGGCCCAGCUGAACUCACCAUAGAGAUUAUUUCUGACAGUGGAACAGAGGCUGAAGUUCAUAUUCAGGAUAACGGCGAUGGCACUUACACCAUCACUUACAUUCCACUCUAUCCCGGAUCCUACACUCUGACCAUCCGCUACGGUGGCCAGGAUGUGCCCAACUUCCCAGCUCGACUCACUGUGGAACCAGCCAUCGAUGCCAGUGGAGUCCGUGUGUUUGGACCAGGAGUGGAAGGCAAAGGUAUUUUCCGUGAAGCAACCACAGACUUCACGGUGGAUGCUCGAGCUCUCACUCUGUCCGGAGGUGAUCACAUCAAAACUGUCAUCAGCAACCCAUCUGGCAGCCACACUGACAGCCUGAUCACUGACCUUGGGGAUGGAACCUACAAUGUAGAGUACACUCCCUAUGAGGAGGGCCUGCACAGUGUGGAGGUCUGCUAUGACGGCACUCCAGUGCCCAAGAGUCCAUUCCGUGUUGCCGUCACCGAAGGUUGUGAUCCCGCCCGAGUGCGCGUUCAUGGUCCUGGCCUGAAGAGCGGCACUACCAACAAACCCAAUAAGUUCACAGUGGAGACACGUGGAGCAGGUACUGGUGGUCUUGGGUUGGCGAUGGAAGGUCCUUCAGAGGCCAAAAUGUCCUGCACGGAUAACAAAGACGGUAGCUGCAGUGUUGAGUACGUCCCCUAUGAGCCAGGGACGUACAACCUCAACAUAACUUAUGGAGGACAGCCCAUCAAUGGAAGUCCUUUCUCUGUGCCAGUCAACGACACCGUGGACAGUUCCAAGGUGAAAUGCCAAGGUCCAGGGCUGGGUAAUAAUGUCAGGGCCAAUAUUCCUCAGGCCUUCACAGUGGAUGCGUCCAAAGCUGGAGUGGCUCCACUGCAGGUUCGCGUGCAGGGACCCAAAGGUGUGUUCUCAAGUGUACAUGAAUUAAUACUUUGCUUGAAUUAUAAUGUUUUGUGGUUAUGCUUGUUAGGUGUGGUGGAACCUGCAGAAAUUUUGGAUAACGGUGACCAAACUCAUACAGUCAACUAUAUUCCUACUAGAGAGGGUCCAUAUUCCAUUAAUGUCUUAUAUGCGGAUGAAGAGAUCCCACGCAGCCCAUAUAAGGUCAAGGUGCUUCCCACCCACGAUGCCAGUAAAGUGCGUGCUAGUGGACCUGGUCUUAACACCACGGGUGUUCCUGCCUCUCUGCCUGUGGAGUUCACCAUCGAUGCCAAAGACGCAGGAGAGGGACUACUAGCUGUCCAGAUCACCGACCCAGAAGGAAAGCUAAAGAAGGCCAACAUCCGUGACAACCACGACGGAACCUACCUAGUGUCCUAUGUUCCGGACAUGACUGGCCGAUACACUAUCUUGAUUAAGUAUGGGGGAGACGAGAUCCCAUAUUCACCGUAUCGCAUCCGGGCCCUACCCACCGGAGAUGCCAGCAAAUGCACUGUCACAGGUGCAGGUGUUGGCCCAACCAUCCAGAUCGGCGAACAGACGGUCAUUACAGUGGAUGCAAAAGCUGCUGGGAAAGGCAAGGUCACCUGCAGCGUUUGCACGCCAGAGGGAGCAGAACUGGACGUAGACGUUGUAGAAAAUGAGGACGGAACAUUCGACAUUUUUUACACCGCACCACAGCCUGGCGAGUAUGUCAUCUGCGUCCGUUUUGGAGGCGAGCACAUCCCCAACAGUCCCUUCCAAGUCACGGCACUGGAGGGAGCUCCAUCAGACCAACUCAUGCAGCAGAGCCAAAUGCCCCAGUACUACGCUCAACAGCCCUGGGCAACAGACAGGCCAUUGGGAAUGAAUGGUCUAGAUGUGACAGGGCUCAGGCCGUUUGACCUAGUCAUCCCGUUCACCAUUCAGAAGGGAGAGAUCACAGGUGAGGUCAGAAUGCCAUCGGGCAAAGUUGCCAAACCUGACAUCACAGACAACAAAGACGGCACAGUUACUGUCAAGUACGCUCCAAUUGAGGCGGGGCUACAUGAGAUGGACAUUAAAUAUGAUGGCAUUCACAUCCCUGGGAGUCCCUUACAGUUUUAUGUGGACUACAUGAACAGUGGGAAUGUCAGCGCCUAUGGUCCUGGCCUCAUUCAUGGCACUGUCAACAAGCCUGCUGUCUUCACUGUCAACACCAAAGAUGCUGGAGAGGGUGGGCUCUCUCUGGCUAUUGAGGGGCCAUCCAAGGCGGACAUCAGCUGUGUGGACAACCAGGAUGGGACAUGCACUGUGUCCUACCUGCCUGUCCUGCCUGGAGACUACAGCAUCCUCGUCAAAUAUAAUGACAAGCAUAUUCCUGGCAGCCCCUUCUCUGCAAGGAUUACUGGCGACGACUCCAUGAGAAUGUCCCAUCUGAAGGUUGGAUCGGCUGCUGACAUUCCUUUGGACAUUGGAGAGUUUGACCUGAGCCAGCUGACGGCCUCACUCACCACGCCUUGUGGUCGUGAAGAACCUUGCCUCCUCAAGAUGCUGCGGAAUGGCCACGUCGGCAUCUCAUUUGUUCCUAAGGAGAUUGGAGAGCAUUUGGUGAACAUCAAGAAGAACGGGCGCCACAUUCCCAGCAGCCCCAUCGCUGUCAUGAUUACGCAAUCAGAGAUCGGAGACGCCAGUCGCGUUCAUGUUAGCGGGCAGGGGCUGAGUGAGGCAAGGACCUUUGAGCCUGCAGAGUUCAUCAUUGACACUCGGGAUGCAGGCUACGGUGGCUUAAGCUUAUCCAUUGAGGGACCCAGUAAAGUUGACAUCAACACAGAGGACCAGGAAGACGGCACCUGUAAAGUCACAUACUGCCCCACUGAACCUGGAAAUUACAUCAUCAACAUCAAAUUUGCUGACCAACACAUUCCAGGGAGCGCAUUCACAGUGAAGGUUACAGGUGAGGGCAGGAUGAAGGAGAGCAUUACCAGGAAGAAGAGAGCAGCAUCAGUGGCCAAUGUUGGCAGCCAGUGUGACCUCAGUCUUAAGAUCCCAGAGAUCAGCAUCGCUGAUAUGACCGCACAGGUGACCAGCCCCUCUGGUCAGGUUCACCAGGCCGACAUAAUGGAAGGAGAGAACAACACCUAUUGCAUCCGUUUCAUCCCCACCGAGACGGGUGUCCACACCGUAUGUGUAAAAUACAACGGUAUGCACGUACCCGGCAGCCCGUUUCAGUUUACUGUUGGACCCCUUGGAGAGGGCGGGGCACAUAAGGUCCGUGCUGGAGGGCCUGGACUGGAGAGAGCAGAGGCUGGCGUGCCAGCUGAAUUCAGCAUCUGGACAAGGGAGGCUGGCGCUGGAGGGCUCAGUAUUGCCGUAGAGGGUCCGAGCAAGGCUGAAAUUGCGUUUGAGGACCGUAAGGAUGGAUCCAGUGGAGUGUCUUAUAUAGUGCAAGAACCAGGAGACUAUGAGGUGUCGAUCCGUUUCAAUGACGAGCACAUCCCCGACAGCCCCUUCAUCGUUCCAGUGGCCUCACCUUCAGAUGACGCCCGACGCCUCACUGUUGCCAGUCUUCAGGAAUCAGGCUUGAAGGUGAACCAGCCGGCAUCAUUUGCAGUCAGCCUGAAUGGAGCAAAGGGUGUGAUCGAUGCAAAGGUUCACAGCCCCUCGGGGGCUCUGGAGGAGUGUUGCGUUACUGAAAUUGACCAAGAUAAAUACGCAGUGCGCUUCAUCCCAAGAGAAAAUGGUCUCUAUCUAAUUGAUGUCAAGUUCAAUGGAAGUCACAUCCCUGGUAGUCCAUUUAAGAUCCGUGUUGGAGAAACGGGGCAGGCUGGAGACCCUGGCAUGGUGUCGGCCUAUGGACCAGGGUUAGAAGGAGGCAACACCGGAACAGCUUGUGAAUUUGUGGUCAACACAAGCAAUGCAGGCCCAGGGGCUUUGGCUGUGACCAUCGACGGUCCCUCCAAGGUGAAGAUGGACUGUGUUGAGUGCUCUGAGGGCUACAAGGUUACAUACACCCCUAUGGCACCUGGCAGUUAUCUCAUAUCUAUUAAAUACGGUGGACCCUACCACAUUGUGGGAAGCCCCUUCAAGGCAAAGAUCACUGGUUCCAAGCUCGUUUCCAGCCACAGUAUGCACGAAACCUCCUCUGUCAUGGUCGACCCUGUGACCCGUGCCAUCAGCUCCACACAGCAGGCUGCUCCUACCAAAUCAGAUGCCAGUAAGGUGGCGGCUAAAGGCCUGGGGCUCACCAAAGGCUUUGUUGGUCAGAAGAACAGCUUCACUGUUGACUGCAGCAAAGCAGGUCGUAACAUGUUGCUGGUCGGGGUUGAUGGCCCCAAAGUCCCCUGUGAGGAGAUCCUGGUGAAACAUUUGGGCAACCGCCUGUAUAACGUCAGCUACCAGCUCAAAGACAAGGGAGAGUACAUCCUGGUGGUGAAAUGGGGGAAUGAUCACAUUCCCGGCAGCCCCUUCCAUGUCAUUGUCUAAGAAAAAAAAAAAUCUGCUCCACAUUCAGCAACUUCUCUUACCACUGUUGUAAUUGUUUACAGCUCCAAGUCCCAUGCACGUUAUACAUUGCUGUUUUUUUUUUUUUUUUUUUUAAUGUUUGCACCAACUACAAAGCAAACGCUGACAUUUUUCAUUCUGAUAUUAGAUUAUCCAUAACCAUCUCCCAAAGCUGCAAAUAUUCCUCUGUUUUCAGCAGUGGAAUCCAUGUUCUCGUAUAUUUCAAAUAAGCAACAAGUCUCGGGAGGAGGAUAACGCACCUUUUGUAAUGAUUGUAAACCAGCCGUGAAUUUAGCCUUGUGAUUUUGCAUUUUUAAAGCAUGGGGGAUACAUGGGUUAAGUCCUAUCCAGUACGUUACGGACCCCCUCCAGGCCAAACCAUAUGGAAAUUGACCGUUUAUAUGUCAGGAAACAUGUAACACAUGUCACCUUUUGGCGUAUAAAAUGUAAAUUAGCUCAGCUAGAUAAUAAACGGGGUUAUUUGUAGCAGUGGUGAUUGGCAAAUGCCUCUUCCACUUAAUAUGUGUUGUCCAUGAUGCUUUUUGACUAACACGGUUGUUUUACCUGCUGAUAGUGUGACUUCGUAAAAUUGUUAUGCGCGUUAGACUAGAUAAUUAAUAUCGAAUAAAAAGCAGGGGCAGGAUUACGUGAACGGUUAACACGCUUGGCUGUAGUUAACUUUUGUCACAAGCUUGCGAACGACACACCAAUGCUUUUCUGUGUGUGUUUUGCUUUUUUUCUCCAUGUGUGAUGUUGGAUUCUCUAAAACACACCCAAACCCGACAUGGUCUUUGUGUUGGGACACGUGAGCAUUUCUUUUCAAAAGGGAAGUUUAUAAAACGAUGCUGGACAAAAGGGCUAAAGAUGUUGUGGUUUGACACAUCUUUCCAAGAGCGACCAAAAAUACAAAAAGAGAACAUGUUGCUUUUCUUCUCAGUGUUUGUAUUUCACCAUUUUUGAACUGCCUCCCAUUCCAUCCCUUUUUUUUCUCUCAGCAUCUACAAAAAAAUAUCUUGUCCUAAAUAAAAUGCUUUAAAUGUGUUUGUAAGACAGUAUUUUGAUACACAAUAAAUGUUGUCUAAUAUUUUUCUGUUA